CACAACCUUCACAUCGCCACAGACAACAACCGCACAUCAUAACCUUUGCGCCAUUCGACGUUGAUCGCUACGCCGAGCGCAAACUACUCUCUGAACAAUUUGUGAUCUCCCACAAAUCCAGCGAAUCCAUCAAACCCCUCCUCACAAUGGCGAACUACCUCGCCUCCAUCUUCGGCACGGAACAGGACAAAGUCAACUGUUCGUUCUACUACAAGAUCGGCGCGUGCCGCCACGGUGAUCGCUGCUCUCGCAAGCACGUCAAGCCCUCAUACUCGCAGACCAUCCUCAUGCCGAACCUGUACCAGAACCCUGCUUACGAUCCAAAGAACAAGAUGAAUCCCUCACAACUCCAGAACCACUUUGACGCCUUCUACGAGGACCUUUGGUGCGAGAUGUGCAAGUACGGCGAGAUUGAGGAGAUCGUGGUCUGCGACAACAACAACGACCACUUGAUCGGCAACGUCUACGCGCGUUUCAAGUACGAAGACAGCGCCCAAGCGGCGUGCGACGCGCUGAACAGUCGCUGGUACUCGGCAAGGCCGAUAUACUGCGAACUCAGUCCAGUCACCGAUUUUAGAGAGGCGUGUUGCAGGCUGAACUCAGGCGAAGGGUGCGUGAGAGGGGGCUUUUGCAAUUUCAUUCACAGAAAGGAGCCCUCUCCAGAACUGGAACGCGAGUUGGAGUUGAGUACAAAGAAGUGGUUGAAGGAGAGGGGUCGGGAUGAGAGGAGCGUUACGCGCAGUCCAUCACCAGAGCCGACGAGGAAGAGGUUUUGAGUGCACACAUGGGAUUCGGUAGCAGAGGCAAAGAUACCAGCACAUUGCAAACUCGAAGUGCAGAUUUUGAAGGACGCAAAAAAAACACAUUGCUGCUUGACACAUCUAAUAUCGGGCUGAGCACUUGACGAUCAGGCAAGGACGAGCUGUUCUUGAGGGUGCGACCGAACACCUGAGUUUCCCAACGACUUGGAGAACGGACAUGUCACCAGAAGCUGCCCUUGCAAAUUGAGAUGCUCUCAGCAACCGUGUCUGAACCUCGGUUGAAAACAGCAUCCCCGUGUCUGGAUGAGGAUGGAUGGCUGUAACAGACCAUGCCCAUCCCGCAGUCCAAGCACAAGGAACAGCAAAAUCUUGGACAUUUAGGCCAAGGGUGUCAGUGUCAGUCGUGUAACAGCCUUCCGGGGGCUCACACUUGCUUAUUGCUAGUGUUGAGAAUGAGCUGUCUAACGAGGCAGACAGCCAGAAAACCUCUCACAUAAUGGGCUCGUCAUAGUUUGGCACAUCCAGUAUGAAUGAUACUACUCAGGGAACGCUCAAAGCAGAUGGCUUCAAAAUAGCUUUGAUACUAUGAGGCUGCUUCUGACUACGAACCAGCUUGUAAGGUCACUAUGUACCACUGUCGAUAAGCAUCCCAAUGAAUGUUGAAUGUUUGAUUUUAAUAA